AUGUCCUCCAUUUUUCAUUUGCUGGGUAGCCGCGACCCGGACCAGUCGCCUGCUGAGACCCGUGACAUUGACGCCGUUUCUAUUGUCCUUGAAGCAAAACGUGCGAUUGCAGGCGAGGCUGAGGAGAACAUCAAUAAGCGAGGCGUGAAUCAUGAGCCACCCGUCCCGCGCACCACAGUCAUCACGUGGGCGGAUACCAAGCGUGAUGUUGAGAAGAGAGAUCUCCAUGAGCCUCCUGCUCCUCGUACCACAGUCAUCACUUGGGCGGAUACCAAACGAGAUGUUGAAAAACGUGGUGUUGAUCACCAACCUCCUGCCCCUCGCACCACGGUUAUUACGUGGGCAGACACAAAGCGGGAAUAUGAAGGAGACCACGUAGAGCGCGAUGUCGUUCUCGGGGCUGUUGGUCCUGAGGUCAAGCGAGACGUUAAGCGUGAGCCUACUCUGGAGCCUAAUGCUGUUGUCGAAGUGUACAUGGUGUAA